AAUGUGUGGGUAACAUACACACUGAAAUUUGGAGGAAUGGUUUGAAACAGUAUUGGUUAAAAAUUGCCAACAGUUUGUGUCGAGGAAAGCUCUUGUAUUUCUGUCUUCGAUGCUUUUAUUUUACUAAAAUCCAAGAAGAAACGAGGAAAUUACAAAAACUGUUACAUGAAUCGGGUGAUUUUCCACGUGUGAACGAUACCGAAAAGUCAAGAUUGUUGGCCUCCCUGCAGGUUAUUUUGGCCAAUCAGAAUUUAUCUAUUCACAGUUCAUAUAAUAAUGUAUCAUUUUGUGUAACAAUAAUAAUGUGUGGUUUUUAUUGCAUAAUGAUACGAGCUAAAGUACUGUUGGUGAAAAUGAGCACUUAAAUAUCGAUACGGCAACACACUAGCAAAUCUCAUACUAUUUUCGUUUCCUAUUUGCACGCUUAUAUAUUGGAGAAAUUCGCUAACAGCUGUAUUAUUAUCCUCGUUACAUGAUAGCAAGCUCAGAAAUUAUACAGGGGAAUUACCAAUAAGACAUUUUUCUUGAACGAGUGAAUAAUAAUUUGGGAUUCGUCGGAUUUACUUAUUGGUUUACAGCAUGACGUAUUCUGCGAAUAUCUAUUGAAAAGAUGUGAUAAGCCUGCAAAACAAAGUGAUUUCGUCUAAGUGAUUGGAUUAUUCGAUAGAUGGCUGAUGACGUCAGUGUUUAUGCUUUUUUACAGUGGUUACAUAUUUGUAAAUAGGAAGUUGAUAUCGAUAACGUUAAAAGACAUUUAAAGACGAUUGAUCAAACUUUCUCAGUUUGAUAGUUUCUACAAUUAAUUUCUUAUGUUUGUUCAGACAUAUGUAAUAUAACAGAGGGUGCACAGGUGAAAUAUCGGACACAUUAUAUCAACUGCGUCAGUUUUACUGUGCAUCUGAGUUUUGAACAGUGAAAAUGUCAAAUAAUACUUUUACUGGAAAUACCUCCCAUUUGUAUAACGAAACAGAAAUAACUAUUUUCAUUUCAAACGAAGAACUUCGGAUAGUGACUGUAGUGCUUGCAAUUGUGUGCAUCCCUCUAUUUUGCCUUCUAGGGUCAAUAGGAAAUAUCUUCAGCCUCGUAGUUCUGAUCAAUCAGCGCAUGCGCAAUCAAACAAAUUCUAUCCUUGCAGCAUUAUGUGUGUCGGAUACUUUAUUCCUAAUUACCUGUCUUAUUUACGUUGUAUUAAACAUUUAUAAAAAGACGAAUCCAAUUGAGGGAGAAAAAGUAAGAGCCCACGUUUAUCCUAUUUUUGGGGCAUACGGAAGUAUUGUAACAGCUAGGAUUACGUCAUUGUUAACGACAUUGUUGUGCGCAGAACGCUUUGUGGCAGUGUUCUUUCCAUUGCAGGCAAGAACAAUUUGUAGUAAAAGGAAUACAUGGAUAGCGAUUGCAGCUAUUUAUAUAGUAACAUUUCUAUCAUUUGUACCAUUCCUUAAAAAGUAUCAUGCUGUAACAAACUACGUGAAUGAAAAUUUAACAUUUACAUCAAUGAAUACAACUUCCUUUUAUGAAAAUAAUUUGAAUUUUUAUAAGGUUUACGGCACAAUACUCAAUAUUAUAUUCCGUUUUACCCCGCUUAUUAUUAUUCCAAUACUCAAUGUUAUUAUGAUUCGGGUAGUGCACAAAACGCGCAGGAAACGGAGAAGCCUGUCCGAAGGGAACGAAAACUUUUUAAGACUUUCUAGUAGAAAUGGUAAACACUUUAGCUCAACAGACCAAAACCACAUAACAAUCAUGUUAUUAAUUGUAUCGUUUGUUUUCCUCAUCUGCAUAUUACCUGGUGCAUUAAACAGCCUUGCCACUCAUAUAUGGUGCUCAUACAAUCGAUUAGGAAAGUUCAGAAAUCUAUACAUGCUCAUAUCCACAGUAACAUUUCUUCUAGAGACAAUCAACUCGUCUGUGAAUUUUAUUAUUUAUAUGGUCUUCAGUAGAAAAUUCAAAAUUCUUUACAAGGAAACAUUUUGCUGCGGACGCGGGGAAUAUUAUCGGAAAUUUUCGUUAAGUUCCGUAAAAGAAAGAUUCCGUUGGUCGUCAAAUAAGAAACAGAAUAAGCCGGAUGCAGACUCUAUGUUUAGACGUCAAACCGUAAGUGAUAUAGGACCGUUAGUUACAGACACCUUAUUAAGAGAAAGGGACAAUAAUCAUUUUUAUGAGAUACACAGUGACGGAUUUAAUUAUAAAACGGGUACAACUGUUAUGCUUGAAAGCUGUAUGGCAUACAAUGAAAAGAAUCCAGAGAUAAAAAAUGGAUAUUUUGACAAAGGUCGUUUUGAUAAAACUUACUUCAAAAACUUGUUUCGGCGAGACAAAUGUGAAACAAGUCUUACGAUAGAAAACGAGAACGGAAAUGGUGUAGUGUGCAAAGUGAGCGCUUGUCGUAAAAACAAAGGCCUUAUAAAUGAUACAGCAGAAAUCUGACAUUUAUUGCUGUAAUUGCCAUUCGUUAUGCCCUGUAUUUAAUGCCUUUAUGAUAGUACAAUUAGUAUCUCGUUAUCAUAACUGUACAAUGUAAGUGUGAUACUUUUAAGAACUAUCUUUAUUGUAAAUUUAAGUCGUAAGGGACUUCGUCAAUUAAAAUACUUGUGCAUCUUUGUAUUUUUGUCUUGUAAUAGCGCUAAAUUUAUACACUUAGUCUACAUGAAUAAAAAUAUUAUGUAAGAUAAACAAGUUCUCAGUUACAUAAUGCCGUUAUAUAUGUGCUAUUAGUAAUAACGCAAUAGUCUGUAUUUUUAUUGGUCUAAACAUGGUCACUUGAUAAGUGUUAAAAUGUCAUAUUGACUCAAGAGCAAUGAAACAUCUUGAACAGCAGUGACGUCAUUCAUAAUGAUGUCGUACACAACUAAAGACUAGAAUAUCCGAAAAAAAAAUGACCAAUCGCUUCAAAUGAUUGAAAUAAAGUUCCAUUUGUAUUAUUACCUCAUAAAACAUGAACCUUCUUAAAGCUUCUAAUCAGUAGAUAUGGGAAUUUAUCGAACCAGUCAAAAUAAUAUCGACUUUUGAUUACGUGCUCGGUCAAUUCCUCUUUAUAAAGGUCGAUAAAUCCUAAUAUCGACCUACUAAGAAGAUAAUAAUUGUAUAAUGUGCAAGGGACAUUUUUUUUAUAAAAGUGUUCAACGAAAAUGAAUAAUUGAGGAGCACUCAAUAUUUCUGUUCUGAAAUUCGGAAUUACAGGAAUUUGGCAAAAUUAUUAAUUAAUUCAAGAAAAGAAUAAAUUGCUAUUAAUUAGGUGAUUUCAUGCCGUCUUUGUUAUUUAACCGGGGACUGUCCUUUAGGCUCUUGACAAUACGGCACGUGAAGACAAAACGGUAGAGCUUAUUAUAAAAGCACAUAAUGACAAUUUUACUAGUAAACUUUACGGCAGUGAUUGAAGACUUGUACGUCUUCCAUAAUUAGACAGUGAUGUGAAACAAAAAUACCUUUUUCACUUUUUUGUGAUUCCUUAGUGUAAACUUCUCCUUGAUUUAUAGCCACUAUUGAUUUCGAAGGAGAAACUCUCGAUUAUUCCAAUAAAACUGCUGCAAAUAUUUCUUCGAUCUCUACUCAAAGUUUCCUUCUUUCGUUUAUUUAACAUAUCAUGAUGAUUACACGUUACAGUAUGGGAUAAGUUCGGAUAACACACUAUAUCCUUUAUCACCUCUUAACGUAAUAAAGAAGUCAGCAGAGUUUUUAAGGUGUCAACGAACUUUUAAAAAAUUCAAGAUGUUGUCUAUCUUCUUGCCAAGAACGGAUCCAGAUACUGGCUGAACCAAUUAGACGUUGUAUCGCUUUCAACCGAGUGAUAAACCAGUCAAAUUAAUGGCAUCUCAUAUUUGCCCAGAAAAUCCAGUAUUCACCGAGAUCGAGCAAUCUGUUGUCGACUUCGUCCUUCUGUAUUUAUAUUACGUCAUAUAUCGUAUGGUUAUUAACAACAGAAAUUAUUUAUUGUAUCUUAGUAAUAUUUGCCGCAAUGAUAUGCUUAAAGUCAAAGUUAAACGAGAAUAAAGUCGGCAACAUUUUUUAGCUAGUA